AGAAGCUCGAAACUCACCGGCAACAGUCUCUCCGUGGGGAAGUGAUGGCUCUGGAUCAGUCCCUAGUCCAGUCGUGCCGCCUUCUCGUCCGGCGUUAUCAAAGCCAAAGCGGCUAUCGUCCGAUUCUGAUGAUUCGCCUGUGGGGACGACCAAACGUGUUAAGCGCUACACAGGAGUGACUGCUUUAAAUUCUGACACCUCUAUGUAUGAGUCUCCAAGUGCGACACAGCCCGCGUCUCGCGCACCAUUCGCGUCGGACAUCUUUCGGGGUCCGCUUUCUGGCGCCCGAGCCGGGGGUUCGACUUCCGGGUCGUCGUCGGGGUAUGCCCCUAAUUCAUUACUCCUGGAGCGUGCCCGUACAAUGGACAAGUUCAUCAAGCACCAGGCUAAAGUUAUCCCAUACGCAUUUCGCGACGUUGGUAAUAAUCGUCAGGAUGCUGAGGAGUUCGAAAUUCUCCAGAAUUAUUACCAGAACCGUCUGGUGACUCUCGCAACUGAAAUGGGGGAGCAUGGCGUUGGCAAAGCCUCAGCGUCUAUACUGUCAGCCGACCACGAUCUCCAUGAGCAAAUAAAAAUAAUGGAGAAGCUUAUUAAGCACCAGGCUAAAGUCAUUCCCUUAGCUUUCGGCCGCGCUGGUGGUUCGGUCGACCAAGAAGAAUGGGAGAUCGUGCAAGCGCAUUACCAAAGUCGGCUGACCGCCAUGACAAUUCCUCAUAUCACUUCAACCCCCGUUAGGACUCCGCUGAAACCGCUCUCCCCUCAGAAGCUUCCCUCGUUUGCGAGCAUAGCGAGCAUAACCCUUGUCAAGCAGACUCCCUCUCCAUCACCUCGGAAACCAGCCAAAAUGCGCACGGAAAUUGGGAGCCCUCGUGGGGGCCGAAGGAACGAGAACUGUUCGAAUCCAUUAGGUUCUCUACGCACCAGCUCGGUUCCUUCGUCGCCAACGAAAAGUCGAACUGCAGGUGUACUCGCUCAUCCUGAAGAUGACUUAGAGGCACUGUGGGGGGAUGUGGCGAAUAUUUCGGACGAUGAUGAUUUGAUUGAGAUUUCUCCGCCUCGCGCGAAACCAAGUACGGCGAAGACAGAAACUGCGAUCAAUCAACCACCCACACACAGCUCCGUUAAGGUCACCCCCCUGUCGCUACAGCAGCGUACUACACGAACUCCCCUUGCAACCCCAUCUUCAUCCGCAUCCUCAAGUCCAUACUAUGAUGAAGCAUUUCGUAUCCUGCGGCGAAUAUUCAAGCUUGACACUUUUCGACCAAAUCAAUUUGAAGCAAUUGCUGCCACACUAUCUAAGAAGGAUGUCUUCGUACUUAUGCCUACCGGCGGAGGAAAGUCGCUCUGUUAUCAGCUACCAGCUUUAUGUAAAGGUGGCGAAACUUCUGGAGUAACCGUCGUGAUUUCGCCCCUCAAAUCCUUGAUGGCUGAUCAGGUUCAACACCUGAAAAACCUCAACAUUGACGUUGUGGCUUACAAUGGGGAUGACGACAAGGCGGCGUCGAGCGCGACGAACUCCCGUCUAAGGAGUUCUCACAAGCCUACCAUCCUAUAUACAACUCCCGAGAAGCUGAAGUGUAGUGCCGCAGUACGAGAUAUUCUGGGCUCUCUUUACUCCUCCAAACAGAUUGCCCGUUUCGUCAUUGAUGAAGCGCACUGUAUCAGCUCCUGGGGUCGAGACUUCCGACAGGCAUAUCAAACACUGGGAGAAUUGCGUGACCAAUACCCUGAUGUCCCCCUUAUGGCUCUUACUGCGACCGCGAAGGAGGUCGUGGUGAAAGACAUCAUCUCGAAGCUUGGAAUGAAAGAUUGUGUCCAGCUUAAGACGUCUUUCAAUCGCAGUCGUUUCGGAUUGGGGGAAUGGAUAUCUUCGAACCACCCGAACGAAUCAGGAGUUGUGUACUGCUACUCGAAGAAAGACUGCGAAUCCGUAGCCAAACAACUACGUGAAUCUCAUCGUUUGAAAGCUGAGCAUUAUCACGCGGGGAUGACUGCUGCUGACAGAGAGUGUGCUCAAACAUCAUGGCAGAGUGGAAAAGUAAACAUAAUUGUUGCCACAGUCGCCUUUGGUAUGGGGAUCGAUAAGGCUGAUGUGCGAUUUGUCAUUCAUCACACCCUGCCGAAGAGCUUGGAUGGCUACUAUCAGGAAACUGGAAGAGCAGGGCGCGAUGGAUUGCCUGCAGACUGUCUGCUUUAUUAUGCUUAUGGGGAUGUUCUGAAAUUGCACAGACUGAUUGAUCGGGAUGAUCAGGAUAAUCCAAUGGUGCUGUCUCCUGAAGAUCGAGAACGACUUAAAGGCGAAGUUCGAACGGUCGCCCAAUAUGCCGCCAACGUCACGGAUUGCCGUCGCACCCAAGUUCUCCAGUAUUUUGGGGAGCGGUUCGGUCGCGAUCAAUGCGAUCAGUUAUGUGACAAUUGUCAGAACUUCGAUGGCAACGCCACGAAGGAGGAUAGAUCCAGCAUUGCCAUCCAUCUUAUCACUAUUGUGGACAAAGUUUGUCGCGAAGGCGUGAAUCUCACUAUGAAGGAGCUUUUCGAUGCGUAUCGCGGAGCAAACAACGAAGCGGUUCGGAAGAAGUCGUUGACAAAAGUCGAGCAUUACGCUGCCGGGAAGGGUCUGGAUACUGUCCUCAUCGAUAGAGUCAUACAACACUGCCUUGUAUGGUCUGUCCUCGAUUUAUACGAACGGCAGAACAGUGCAGGCUAUAACAACGAAUUCAUCCAGCUCGGUACGAGAGCUCCUGACGUGCUCAACGGCCAGUUUCCGGUUUUAAUGGCGUAUCAUAAAACUGCACCCUCAAAGCAGAGGAAGUCCACCAAGUCCAUCGAGAAGCGUCCAGCUGCCCGGGUGGAUAGUGGAGGUGCAUGGAAAACGAAGGAAACCACCGCGCAGAUGUUGGAAGGACGCCCGAGGACGACAGGCAGUCGUACUACCUUUUCUGCCGCUGAAAAUGAGGACGCGGAAGACAUAGAAUAUAAUGCCGACGCUCCUUCAACAAUUCAGAGGAGACGCACACAAGACGGUGCUGUAGAGGAUGCUGGCACUGAUUCACACCGCGAAGACACGGAUGGACACGCACGAACUGACAAUAAUGGCGGGAUGUCUACUAUGCGCCGCUUGGCUGAGUUGAAGUCUCUUCGUGAUGACAUUAGCAAGGAAGGUCAUGAUGUUGGGCUUCUUCAUGAUGAUUUUCUAUUGGAAUUGGCUCUUAGUGUCGACGCUCGCGAUCCCUCUGGCUUUCGAAAUAUCCUCAAUGAUCACUUCAGCAAGGACCAAGCCACGCAAAUUUGGAAUACGCAUGGGAAACGGCUGCUCUCAAAGUGUGUAUGGAUGGCUACUGGUGGCGGUCAGAAACGUACCAGAUCAUUUCCAACCAGCGAAACAACGGCCCCGAAGACGGUGAUCGAUCGUUCUAAAUACGCCCUCCCUGCUUCAGCAGCCUCGACUGUCCCGGUGUCUGCUUCAAAAUUCAAGCCAGCGAGUCGGCUAAAAAGAUGACCAACUUCCAUAUUCUGCCCUAUCUUAUGAUUACUUCUAUGUACAUUAUUGGUUUUGUGAAGACGACUCGGGUACAGUAUUAAACACGACACAAUUUCGAUAUUACUCUGCAAUAAUGCACACAAUGUAAAGGGGGUGAGCCUAACGAAUUCAUUUCCGUCUCUUGACUUUCCCCAGUAAGACCUCACAGUCGCG